AUGGUGACAGCACCACCGCACAAGAAGCGUCGACAGGACGACCACUACGCCUCUGGAUCAGCAUCGACGCACGACGAGUCGUUGGGCGUACAGUCGCUCCCUGUCGCUGUGCUUCCUGAUGGCUUCUCGGGCGAUCCAUUGGAUGGCGAGCAGUAUCUGGCUGUGGUGCGACGCGAAGCAGCCGCUGCACCAGGUGUGUUUUUUGCCGCGCACAAUCCGUAUGCUCCAAAUGCACUCGAAGCCUCAGCUUGCUCAGCACCAACAGAUGCAUCCACCUCGAUUGCAGCCAUCAGCAACGAUGACAACAACGACGGACUGGCCAUGCCGAGUGCAGACUGGCGAACGACAUUUACGCGCCAAUUCAAGAAUGCACGCGAGGCCCUCAGCAAUCCCCCGCUCGAACCGGUCAAACUCACACGAGACGAUCUACCCAAGAUCACCAACACUAACGCCUGGUAUGCCUGGAUCCACGGUCGUCCACCCCCCGCCACCUCGGGAGAAGAAGCAGAAAAGCACUCGUGCAAACCGUACGAAUGGAGGAUCCGCGAACCAUCGGCUACCCUGCUGCUUCGCUUAAACACUGAACAGAUGCUAGCGCUGCUCGAGGCGUUUCCGUACUGGAUCGCACACCGCGUCACGAUCCCAGACAGCCAGACCAAGCCGAGCGAGAGAUCCAGCGGCGAAGUGCUGCAGCCUCUGCAUGCGAGGUGGCUGUUUGCGCUAUUGUUGAGGUUAGAUGGCAGGCUGGUGAGCGAGGAGAUCAGUACACUGAGGACGCUGGCGAGAGCGUGCGUGGCGGCAAUCACGCUGAGCAGGAUCAGGAGGAAGGCUGUGCGGUCGCGCGCAAGUAAGCAGCAGGGCGAUGUAAGGGCAGAGGCGGAUCAUCACGACCAAGGGCCGGUGCGCAUUGGUGGGGGCGAUGAAGAAACGGUGAGGAUGAGGAGAGACGAGGCGAGUGCAUGGAUGAUCAUUGCCAUCGUCGCAGGGGUAUGGGGCCAGUCGGAUCUGUGGGAGGAUGCGAUGGGCGAUAUGGAGCGCAUCGCCUGA